ACGAGGUACGGUUUUAGUUUCACAAUCUCAUUGGCUAUACAAGAAUGAUUGCUCACAACACACGUUAAUAUGUGAUUUCUUUUUGCUUAUUAUAACAGACCGAGUGCAUCGAUUUGUCAAAAGAUGGUGGUAAAGAUGAUAGCAACGAUACGUACGUUUAUAAGCAGUGUUUUGUGGUUGAAGGUUUUGCAAGCACAUUUGUUGUUUACUAAUCUUAUGUUUUCUGAUAUACCAAUAAUGAUACAGAGCCAUCAUUUAUUCGUUAGAUUCGAUGGGCAUCUCACGCCAAAGGAGUGCCAACCGGAUUAUCAAGUACCUGCAAUCUGCUGCUCAGGAUCGAUUAGGAAUUGAUGCUAAGCAGUUCAAAAAACCAAAAUAUGUCAAGGCAAAUGUAAGUAAUUGAAUUACGACAAAAGGGAGUCUCACGAGACCCUACAAAAAACG